AUGUAUCUACAUAUUCCUUUCUCAUAUUCUCUUCUUAUCCUCGUUUUCGUUCUUUUUAUUUCUAUUAUUUUAAAAACUAUUGCUUGUAUAACUUCUUUCUUCUUUUCAUCUGUCUUUAUUUCUCUAUCUUUUCUUUAUUUUCCCUGCUUCAUUCAUCCUCCUCUUUUCCCUUUUAGUCUUCUGCUUCCUUUUUCUCACUCUCGCUCUCACCUCUACACAUUUUACUCUUUCCCUGCUUCAUUCAUCCUCCUCUUUUCCCUUUUAUCUUCUGCUUCCUUUUUCUCACUCUCGCUCUCACCUCUACACAUUUUACUUUUCCCUGCUUCAUUCAUCCUCCUCUUUUCCCUUUUAGUCUUCUGCUUCCUUUUUCUCCUCUCGCUCUCACCUCUACACAUUUUACUCUCUUUCCCUGCUUCAUUCAUCCUCCUCUUUUCCCUUUUAUCUUCUGCUUCCUUUUUCUCCUCUCGCUCUCACCUCUACACAUUUUACUCUUUCCCUGAUUCAUUCAUUUCUCCUCUGUUCCCUUUUAGUCUUCUGCUUCCUUUUCUCACUCUCGCUCUCACCUCUACACAUUUUUUACUCUUUCCCUGCUUCAUUCAUCCUCCUCUUUUCCCUUUUAGUCUUCUGCUUCCUUUUUUCUCCUCUCGCUCUCACCUCUACACAUUUUACUCUUUCCCUGCUUCAUUCAUCCUCCUCUUUUCCUUUUUAGUCUUCUGCUUCCUUUUCUCACAUUUUACUCUCGCUCUCACCUCUACACAUUUUACUCUUUCCCUCCUUCAUUCAUCCUCCUCUUUUCCUUUUAUUCUUCUGCUUCCUUUUCUCACUCUCGCUCUCACCUCUACACAUUUUACUCUUUCCUGCUUCAUUCAUCCUCCUCUUUUCCCUUUUAGUCUUCUGCUUCCUUUUUCUCACUCUCGCUCUCACCUCUACACAUUUUACUCUUUCCCUGCUUCAUUCAUCCUCCUCUUUUCCCUUUUAGUCUUCUGCUUCCUUUUUCUCACUCUCGCUCUCACCUCUACACAUUUUACUCUUUCCCUGCUUCAUUCAUCCUCCUCUUUUCCCUUUUAUCUUCUGCUUCCUUUUCUCACUCUCGCUCUCACCUCUACACAUUUUACUCUUUCCCCUUCAUUCAUCCUCCUCUUUUCCCUUUUAUCUUCUGCUUCCUUUUUUCUCCUCGCUCUCACCUCUACAUUUUACUCUUUCCUGCUUCAUUCAUCCUCCUCUUUUUCCUUUUUAGUCUUCUGCUUCCUUUUUCUCCUCUCGCUCUCACCUCUACACAUUUUACUCUUUCCCUGCUUCAUUCAUCCUCCUCUUUUCCCUUUUAGUCUUCUGCUUCCUUUUCUCCUCUCGCUCUCCUCUACACAUUUUACUCUUUCCCUGCUUCAUUCAUCCUCCUCUUUUUCCUUUUUAUCUUCUGCCUCCUUUUUCUCACUUCACUCUCCUCUCACAUUUUACUCUUUCCCCCUGCUUCAUUCAUCCUCCUCUUUUUCCCUUUUAUCUUCUGCUUCCUUUUUUUUCACUCUCGCUCUCACCUCUUUUCAUUUUACUUCUUUCCCUGCUUCAUUCAUCCUCCUCUUUUCCCUUUUUUCCUUUUGGUCUUCUGCUUCCUUUUUUCCUCUCACUCUCGCUCUCACCUCUACACAUUUUACUCUUUUUUCCCUGCUUCAUUCAUCCUCCUCUUUUCCCUUUUUAGUCUUCUGCUUUUUUUUCUCCUCUCGCUCUCACCUCUACACAUUUUACUCUUUCCCUGCUUCAUUCAUCCUCCUCUUUUCCCUUUUUAGUCUUCUGCUUCCUUUUUUUCACUCUCGCUCUCACCUCUACACAUUUUUACUCUUUCCCCGCUUCAUUCAUCCUCCUCUUUUCCCUUUUUAUCUUCUGCUUCCUUUUUCUCCUCUCGCUCUCACCUCACACAUUUUACUCUUUCCCUUCUUCAUUCAUCCUCCUCUUUUCCCUUUUAGUCUUCUGCUUCCUUUUUCUCACUCUCGCUCUCACCUCUACACAUUUUACUCUUUUCCCCCCUUCAUUCAUCCUCCUCUUUUCCCUUUUUAUCUUCUGCUUCCUUUUUCUCACUCUCGCUCUCACCUCUACACAUUUUACUCUUUCCCCUUCAUUCAUCCUCCUCUUUUCCCUUUUUUAGUCUUCUGCUUCCUUUUUCUCACUCUCGCUCUCACCUCUACACAUUUUACUCUUUCCCUGCUUCCAUUCAUCCUCCUCUUUUCCCUUUUAUCUUCUGCUUCCUUUUCUCUCGCUCUCACUCUCACCUUUCUACACAUUUUAGUCUCUUUCCUGCUUCAUUCAUCCUCCUCUUUUCCCUUUUUUCUUCUGCUUCCUUUUUUUCUCUCGCUCUCCUCUACACAUUUUACUCUUUCCCCUUCUUCAUUCAUCCUCUUUUUUCCUUUUAGUCUUCUGCUUCCUUUUCUCACUCUCGCUCUCACCUCUACACAUUUUACUCUUUCCCCCACUUCAUUCAUCCUCCUCUUUUCCCUUUUAUCUUCUGCUUCCUUUUUCUCCUCUCGCUCUCACCUCUACACAUUUUACUCUUUCCCUAGUUCAUUCAUCCUCCUCUUUUCCCCUUUUAGUCUUCUGCUUCCUUUUUCUCACUCUCGCUCUCACCUCUACACAUUUUACUCUUUCCCUGAUUCAUUCAUCCUCCUCUUUUCCCUUUUAUCUUCUGCUUCCUUUUUCUCACUCUCGCUCUCACCUCUACACAUUUUACUCUUUCCCCGAUUCAUUCAUCCUCCUCUUUUCCCUUUUAGUCUUCUGCUUCCUUUUUCUCACUCUCGCUCUCACCUCUACACAUUUUACUCUUUCCCUGCUUCAUUCAUCCUCCUCUUUUCCCUUUUAGUCUUCUGCUUCCUUUUUCUCACUCUCGCUCACACCUCUACACAUUUUACUACUCUUUCCCUGCUUCAUUCAUCCUCCUCUUUUUUUUUUUUUAGUCUUCUGCUUCCUUUUUCUCCUCUCGCUCUCACCUCUACACAUUUACUCUUUUCCUGCUUCAUUCAUCCUCCUCUUUUCCCUUUUAGUCUUCUGCUUCCUUUUUCUCACUCUCGCUCUCACCUCUUCACAUUUUACUCUUUUCCCCUGCUUCAUUCAUCCUCUCUCUUUUCCCUUUAUCUUCUGCUUCCUUUUCUCACUCUCGCUCUCACCUCUACACAUUUUACUCUUUCCCCCCGCUUCAUUCAUCCUCCUCUUUUCCCUUUUAGUCUUCUGCUUCCUUUUCUCACUCUCGCUCUCACCUCUACACAUUUUACUCUUUCCUGCUUCAUUCAUCCCUCCUCUUUUCCCUUUUUAUCUUCUGCUUCCUUUUCUCCUCUCCGCUCUCACCUCUACACAUUUUACUCUUUCCCUGCUUCAUUCAUCCUCCUCUUUUUCCUUUUAGUCUUCUGCUUCCUUUUUCUCACUCUCGCUCUCACCUCUACACAUUUUACUCUUUCCCCUUCAUUCAUCCUCCUCUUUUUCCUUUUAGUCUUCUGCUUCCUUUUUCUCACUCUCGCUCUCACCUCUACACAUUUUUACUCUUUCCCUGCUUCAUUCAUACUCCUCUUUUCCCUUUUAGUCUUCUGCUUCCUUUUUCUCACUCUCGCUCUCACCUCUACACAUUUUACUCUUUCCCCUUCAUUCAUCCUCCUCUUUUCCCUUUUAGUCUUCUGCUUCCUUUUCUCACUCUCGCUCUCACCUCUACAUUUUACUCUUUCCCCGCUUCAUUCAUCCUCCUCUUUUCCUUUUAGUCUUCUGCUUCCUUUUUUCUCACUCUCGCUCUCACCUCUACACAUUUUACUCUUUCCCUGCUUCAUUCAUCCUCCUCUUUUUCCCCUUUAUCUUCUGCUUCCUUUUCUCACUCUCGCUCUCACCUCUACACAUUUUACUCUUUCCCUGCUUCAUUCAUCCUCCUCUUUUCCCUUUUUAGUCUUCUGCUUCCUUUUUCUCACUCUCGCUCUCACCUCUACACAUUUUACUCUUUCCCCUUCAUUCAUCCUCCUCUUUUCCUUUUUAGUCUUCUGCUUCCUUUUCUCUCACUCUCGCUCUCACCUCUACAUUUUACUCUUUCCCUGCUUCAUUCAUCCUCCUCUUUUCCCUUUUAGUCUUCUGCUUCCUUUUUCUCACUCUCGCUCUCACCUCUACACAUUUUACUCUUUCCCUGAUUCGUAUUCGCAUGUUUUGUUUUUCUCAUUUUUCCCUCUUUGA